AGUUUUAAUGUGACACCGACACUUCCGGUAGGGACUUUAGGGAGGUGAGAUGUGCGCGUGAAUAUACAUUCUUAGGCGGUUUUCUAUUUCCUAACUUCACAUUGCUCAUGUAUGUUUGACGAAAUAUUAUGCGUAUAGUUGUGCGCGCGUGUCUUUUCCCUAAACGUUUAGUUACACGCGUAGUGUGUAGGUUUGCAGCGCUGUAACCUUGGGGCGCAUGUCCGUCGUUUGAGCUCAACUGAAAUCUGUUGACUGAAAAUAUAACAUGUCAAGCAUCUGUCGCCGUUUGGGUUCGCUGUCAGUCAAGAUCCCGAGAGAAGCUUCACUUUUGUCCCAAUGCUCAGGGUUUGUGUCAACACGCUGUAAAUUUACCAAAGCAAGGAUCCGAAUGGAGCUUUUUUCAGAGAGAGCAAAAGAACAUGAAAAAUAUGGUGGUGAUCCAGACCAACCUCAUAAACUCCACAUAGUGACACGUGUCAGAAGUGUGAUGGGAAGACCGUACUGGGAGAAAGAGGCUGUGAAACACCUGGGGCUUCAGAAAGCACAUGUCCCUGUAAUUCAUAAAAACACACCUGCAGUAAAUAGCCAACUGAAAUUUGUCAAGCACCUUGUGAGCAUCAAGCCACUGAAGACUCCCUAUGGGCUCCCCACUGAAGAGGACAUGUGUCAUACAUACAUCAACAGCAAAGGAGAACUUAUUGUUCAUCGUGUCCUCCAACCUCUAGAUCCAAAGACUAUUGAAUCUUAGACCUGCUCUCAAUAAAUGAAUAAUUCAAUGGUAAA